AUGCCAGCUCUCUACUCCUCUGGUCUUCAACCCAGCGCGCGGGACUCCCUCGAACUGGCGUCGCUGGCAUCUUCGAGUCAAGGAGGAAUCGACACCUACUCAGACACCGACUCGCGACCCUCGAUAUCAUCUUCGAGAAAGCUCUCCCUCGAACAGGACGACCCACUCGACGACAAUAACCCUGCUGUGAGGCCCGGUGGCGGCUAUGGACAUGGCCGCACCUACUCGAACGCCUCUAACUUCGACUAUGCCGCAAACCUAUUCCCCCUGUCUUCCUCGGCAGGCAAUGGUUAUGCGCCCCUGGGAGCGCCCACUUCAGCAGCGCGACAGGCUGGCGGCUUGGGAGGAGCAUCGCUUGAAAAACACAAGACUCUCACAUAUAUGAACGGUCUGAGCUUGAUCGUGGGUCUGAUUAUUGGCUCCGGCAUCUUCUCGUCCCCGAGCCAAGUCAAUACAAAUGUUGGGUCCCCGGGAGCAGCCCUCAUCGUAUGGGUCAUAGCUGGUGUUCUUGCCUGGACUGGAGCAGCGAGCUAUGCCGAGCUGGGUGGUGCUAUCCCACUGAACGGAGGGCCACAGGCAUAUCUGAGCAAGAUCAUGGGGGAGCUCUCCGGCUUCCUCUUCACAUGGGUUGCUGUUCUGGUGCUAAGGCCUGGAAGCGCUGCCAUCAUUGCCAUUAUCAUGGGUGAGUACUUGGUGCGGGCUGCCAUUGGGGCCGAGGCCGAGACCAUAAACCCCUGGGUCAACAAGGGCGUCGCCCUCGUCGGACUCUUUGCCGUCACCUUCAUCAAUGCCCUGUCGACCCGCCUGGGUACCCGGCUCAACGAUAUGCUCAUGUUCCUCAAAUUCUUUGCCCUUAUUGGCGUCACUAUUGUUGGAAUAGUAGUGGCUCUCACCGGCUUUUCUGUCACUGGAACUGCCAACGAGGAUUGGAAGACCCACUCGUGGUUCGAGGGAACCACCACAGACGUUAGCAAGUGGGCGGUCGCAAUCUACGCAGGCUUAUGGGCAUACGAUGGGUGGGACAACACCAACUACGUUGUAGGAGAAUUCCGCAAUCCUGGGCGUGAUCUUCCCCGUGUUAUCCACACGGCAAUGCCGCUGGUUAUUGCGAGCUACGUAUUGGCCAAUGUUGCUUACUUUUUUGUCUUGCCGAUUUCCACCAUCAACGUGACAAACACGGUGGCUGUGGCCUUCGGAGGCAAGGUCUUUGGUCCCAUUGGCGCCCUUAUUCUCUCCAUCAUCGUAAGCGCUUCAUGUUUCGGCGCGCUCAACUCGCAAACCUUUACCAGCAGCCGUCUUGUCUACGUAGCUGGCAAGGAAGGCUAUUUCCCUGCCCUCUUUGGACGUAUCGGUGUAAGAUCGACGGAGCCUGGUUUGUCGUCGACAAGAACGAGGAACUGGUUCAUGAAGCGCUUGCAUAACAUGAUUGGCGAUGACGACACUGGUCUGUUCUUUACACCUGUGAAUGCGAUUGUCUUGAAUGGACUUCUUUCUGUCGCCUACAUCGCUGUGGGCGAAUUUGGCGAGCUCAUCACCUUUUAUGGAGUCGCCGGCUAUACGUUUUACUUUUUGACCGUCCUGGGGCUCAUCAUUCUUCGUGUCAAGGAGCCAAACUUGGAACGACCGUACAAGACCUGGAUUACGACGCCUAUCAUAUUCUGCUGCGUGAGCUUAUUUUUGCUUAGCAGAGCUGUUUUCGCACAGCCUCUGAAGACAUUGAUCGUCGUCGCUUUUGUCUUGGUGGGUAUUCCUGUGUACUUCUGGAGAAUGCACGGACGGGACCAAGUCACGAAACGAGAAUUACGAGGAGAGUCAAGGCCCGGAUGGAAAUUUUGGAAACGAUGGCAAAACUAG